AUGGACCUGAGGCCAAACUGCUUGUGGAGGAGACCUUUCCAAGUGCAAGAAGACUAUUACAGGCCUGGAGAUCUCAUUCUUGGUGGCAACAUCCCUCUAUCCAUUACUGUGGUCCUGCAGCUUCCUUUACGUGAGCCUCCCCUGGACUGGGACGUCCUUUCGCUACCUAUUCCCAAGAACUACCAGCACAUCCUGGCCUUGGCAUUUGCCGUCCAGGAGGUCAACAAGGAUCCACAGCUCCUCCCCAACAUCACGCUGGGCUUCCGCAUCUACGAAGAGAACCAGUAUGCCAGCAUGGCCCCAGACGUCGGCCUGUCUCUGCUCUCCAGCCGGGGAAAACCGUUUCCCAACUAUCAGCGUGACGCACGGGAGAACCUGCUCUCUGUCCUUGGGGGUCUCAACUCCAGGAUCUCCUACCAGAUGGCAGCCAUCUUUGGCAAUUUCAAGAUUCCUCAGCUAGGUUACCGCUUCGCUGACCCGGUUUUGAGCGAUAAGAGCCGGUUCCCCACCUUCUACCAGAUCGAUCCUCAGUAUCAGCUACAGAAUGCAGCAAUUGUCCAGCUGCUUCUAUAUUUCCAAUGGAACUGGAUUGGGAUUGUUGUGCAGAAAUCGGAGAGCAGCGAACAUUUCAUCCGGAUUUUGAAAGUCAGUCUUGCCCAGAAUGACAUUUGCAUACAUUUUGUGAAGCAGAUCUUGUCCCGAAUCUCAAUGUUCAGUGAAUUGCAAGGUGAUCAAAUAGAUGUGCUUUGGACAAUUAUGAGCAGUGAUGCUCAGGUUGUGAUUGUCUCGGGGGACUCAAAUACACUGCAAAGCCUGAUAGCAUCCCUCUCCUUUUAUGAAGAAGAGAACCACACUCCUUCUGGAAAGGUUUGGAUCCUGACUAUGCAGUGGGAAUUUUCCGCUGUUGGCUAUCACUACGAGUGGUGGAAACUGAAGUCCCUCCAUGGAGCUUUGUCCUUCACAGUCCACACAAAGCUGGUGCCAGGAUUCAGGAAUUAUCUCUGGGCUCUGAAUCCACACGGGCCACGUGGAGACGUCUUUCUCCCCCGCUGGUGGGAAGUCGCAUUUGACUGUGAGGUUUUGAAGGCAGGUCUGGCCUCACCUGAGGGCAGAAGGAUUUGCACAGGGGAGGAGAACCUGGACGCCCUACCGGCCUCCGUCUUUGAUGAGAAGAUGACCGGGUUCAGCUACAGCAUCUACAACGCUCUCUAUUCUGUUGCACACGCAUUACAUGCUGCGGAUACGUGGGAAUCACAACGGGGAUUGAAGAGGGACAGAAAGAAGCCACACCUAUGCUGGAGGAAGCCCCGGCAGGUUGUGCUUUUAGAGAUGGAAGCCCCCUCCCCUAAUUUCAGCUGCCCGUCUUCUGGAGAAGCUGAACUGGGACGUUUCCAGUAUUUGGCAGAUGCAGCUCAGUGCAUCCACUGCCCAGAAGACCAACACCCAAGCAGGAACCAAGUCCGGUGUAUUUCCAAGGCCAUGAACUUUCUCUCGUAUGAGGAUACUCUUGGCUUCAUUUUAGUUUGUCUGGCUCUUUUCUUCUCCUUGAUCACAAUCCUUGUUUUGGCAGCCUUCAUUAAACAUCGCAACACACCAAUCGUCAAGGCCAGCAACCGAGAUCUCACCUAUGUCCUCCUGGUCUCCCUCCUGCUCUGCUUCCUCUGCUCCUUCCUCUUCAUCGGUCAGCCCAGGAACCUCACCUGUCUCCUCCAACAAGCUGCUUUUGGCAUCAUCUUCUCCAUUGCCAUUUCAUCCGUGUUGGCAAAAACUCUGACUGUUGUUCUGGCCUUCAUGGCUACUAAGCCAGGAAACAGGGCCAGAAAACUCUUGGGGAAGCAGGUGAUCAACUCGGUUGUCUUGACCUGUCCCCUUGUGCAAGCAGCUCUUUGCGCCACCUGGCUGGCAACCUCCCCCCCAUUUGCUAAUUUGGACUUUCAUUCUGUGAUGGGAGAAAUUGUGCUGGAAUGCAAUGAAGGGUCUGCCACCAUGUUUUAUGCUGUCCUGGGCUACAUGGGCCUCCUAAGUCUCAUCAGCUUUAUGGUGGCCUUUCUGGCUAGGAAACUGCCCAACAGCUUUAAUGAAGCCAAGUUCAUCACUUUUAGCAUGCUGGUCUUUUGCAGUGUUUGGGUCUCCUUUCUCCCAACGUAUCUGAGCACCAAAGGAAAAUUCAUGGUGGCCGUGGAGGUCUUCUCCAUCUUGUCUUCUGCGGCUGGUCUGCUGGGUUGCAUCUUUCUCCCCAAGUGGUACGUUAUAGUACUGAGGCCAGAUCUGAACAGCAGAAGUCACCUCAUGAGGAAAAUUAAGUAG